ACUAUGGGAACAUACGAUAGCUUUUCAAAUUUAAGGAUGUAACAACUUGAAAUAAACUAUAAAUCAUGAAAAACUCAAACGAAAAAGUAAAUCUAGUUGAAAAUACUUUGCGUAAUAAGAGUGCUAGAGGUCGUUCUAAAAGUCGAAGCGGACGUAAAUCAGGAUCGUCACUUGGAAAAUCAGCGGACAAAAGUGGCAGCAAACAUUCUGAUGCAGUGGAUGGGUCAUCAUUGGCAUCAAUCAGAGAAAGCCACAAACCAUUAGAUAUAUUCAUUCAAAAUGAACUAAUGCCUAAUUGCACACCGAUAUUUUUAUCAAAAUCAACACAACAGAUAUUUAAUAUUGUAACUGAUGAACAAAUUACCAAAGAAUCACCAAUCAUUUUAUUGAACAAAUCUGAUAUACUUAAAGAUUUACAGUUACGUGCAGCUGUAUCAGAUUUCAGCGUACAAAAAGUUGCAAUAAAAAAUUAUCCCGGUUCUGAUAUUUUAUUAAUUUACGAUGCAGAUUAUAAAUUUGGUGAAAAUUUUGUCGUUGUCUUAUCUGAAGAGACAAAAUCUCUUAUACUGAAUCCAGUUAAACAAGUAUUUGACGGUCAGUCAGAACAUGAUGGUGAUGGUGAUGAAAAUGAUGGAAUAAACGAUGAUGAGGAUAAGAUAGAAGAAUACAAAGAGGCCAGUGAUUUAUGUUUUCUAUUCAAAUCGAGAUCAGAACAUGGUUGGAUUGAAUUAGGUUCAGAAAACGAAAUUGCCGAAAUGAAUACGUUUGAAACACGUUCAAAAGUGUAUACAAUUUUUCAAAGACCACGUAAAGAAUUUGGUAGUGUAUUACAUUUACAAGAUGAAAGUGCGACAAAGAAAGGUUGUUCUGAACAAAUUUUAUCACGUGAAGAUGAAUCAUUUAAUAUACCUAUAAUGGAGUUAGAUAAAUCAGCCACAAAUUGUGCAACCACAUGUGAUAAAGGUAUUAAUACAAAUUGGAAAUAUCCAAAAAAUGCUUUCACUCAUUAUGUUCCUAGAAUGUUUACAUCUGAUGAAUUAAAACAUUAUUAUCAUGAAAAUAAUGAUGCUUUACGUAAUAUAUCGAAAUUAUACACACUAUUUGAACAAAGUUUAUUAGAAAAUGAAAUGUACAAUUUUUUAUCAAAUGAUUAUGAGAAUUUACCCAUUGGUGAUGAAACUUAUGAUACAAGAAGUGACAAUACAUUCAAAGAAUUUCUAUCAUUUACUGACUUAAAAUUUAGUAAAAAUAAAGCUAUUACAAUGAUUCAAUGGCAUCCAAAUAUUAAAGGUAUUAUUGCAACAUCUAUUAGUGAACGGAUAAUUUAUGAUCAACGUAUUGAUCAAGCAUCACGAAUUCUUUUACAACCAACACAUAUUAUAUUAUGGAGUUUUAAUGAUCCAUUGAAGCCUCAAUUAUUAUUACAUGCACCAGAUGAUAUUAUGUGUUUUCAAUUUAAUCCAACUAGUCCGAAUUAUAUAGCUGGUGGUUGUAUCAAUGGACAAGUAGUUCUGUGGGAUAUUGAAAAACAUAUUGACGAUUUAACUAAUGUUAAAUUGCGAUUGAAACAAAAUAAACAAAUGCCUUUAUUUGUUUUUGAUGAGAAUGAAUUAAAUAAAGUAUCAACAUCACAUUAUUCUGCUUUAAGUAAUAUUGAAUCAUCACAUAGUUCACCAAUCAUGGAUUUGAAAUGGAUACCGGAUCAUAUAGAAAUUAAUCGGUUAGGAUACUGUUUUGAAAAUCAUGCACAGAAAUGUGUUCAAUUAAUGACAUGCGGUUUAAAUGGUGAAAUAUUACUAUGGGAUAUACGACCAGAGAAAACACCAUUAGCUAUAAACAAAACAAGUGAUUUAAUUAAACCACCAAAUAAUGUACCACUAACAUUUUCGACACUGGAUUUGAAAUGGAAACCAUUAUUAAGAAUACAUUUAUAUACAAACGAUCCAGUUAAUGACCAUGUACCAAUUAAGUUUUGUAUACGUGAAAUGCAGGGAGAUCGCAGAUUACUAACGCCUAACACAAAAGAUUCCAGUAUCAAUAUAACUGACAACUCAUCUAAAUUACUUCCACUUCCAAACGCCGACACACAUAUUUAUGCCGGGACUGAAGAUGGUGUUAUAGUUUAUGUUGACUGGAUACCACAUAAAGAUCAAGACACUGGGAAAAUGCAAACACCCAAACCAGAAUUUUGUCUCUCACGACAUGAUGGUCCAAUUAGUUACCUUUGUCGUUCACCGUUUGAUUCCUCCCUAGUCUUGGCUAUUGGUGGAUGGAUAUGGACAAUGUGGAAGGAAGGAGUUACCAGUGGGCCGAUUAUAGAAUCUGGUCGUGCAAAUAAACCAUUAACAGGUGGCAGUUGGUCUCCAACACGUCCAUCAGUAUUUUAUACAUGUCGUGUUGAUGGUAGUAUAGAAGUUUGGGAUUUACUUGAUAAAACUUAUGAACCAACAAUGAUUCAGUCAAUAUCUGCUAAUCCACUAACUGCUUUAUCUAUAUGGGAUUCACCUAAACGUCAAUUUAUAGCAACUGGUGAUAUUCAAGGUGUACUACAAUUAUUUAUUGUACCUAGACGUUUACAAACUCCUUUACCAUCAGAAUUAAAAAAAUUCAAUGAAUACAUUGAACGUGAAGUGAAAAGAAAAGAAUUUGUUUCGAUGCGUUGGAAUUUAAGAGAGCAAGAGAAAAUUGAACAAGAAGCGGAAAACAAAAGAAGGGCUGGUUUAGCAUCAGCUGUUAUGUUAAGCGACGAAGAAAUCAUUCAAAAAGAAAAAGUAAGUUAAAAGCAUAACUACUGUGUAGUAAUUGUGUUUAAUUCUAAUUAAAAUAAUUUAUUAUUUAAGACAAAUAUUGAGGGCAUUUAGAGUUAUAACACUUUUCUCAAUGCAAAAAUAUUUAUUUAAAUAUAAGAAGUGUCUAGACUACUUUGCUUAUCCUGAAGGUUUCGUGGCGAGACUAUAAUUUAUGGACGAACCAAUCAGAUUCAGGAUAACAGGUCUAGAAUUUUAAUGCUAUAUUCAUUCACCUAUAUGUCUAAAUAGCGUUUCGGCAUUUUUGCUUAUGUCAGUUCGAGAUGAAAAUCACAAUUGUAAUUCCUAACUCUCACCAUCAAUUGUAAAUCAUAAUCCUUAUCCUUCAAACUGCUUUAUAAUCCUCAUUUAGCCCUAGUAAGUAGGUGGACAUUUCCAAGGUCACUUAAGCGUAGCUCAAAUGUCGUUUAUAAAUUAUAGUCUCACUGAGUUAAUGAAACAUUUACUUAUCUACCUAAAAUUUCUAUCUGAUAGCUCACUCCAUAUUUGUUUAAGGCUAUGAAACAGCCUAUGGAAGCCAGAAAUAAUGGGAGGUCAUAAGUAUUUGACCAAGGACGUUUUCAGAACAUUGAUCGGGUCUGAUGAAAUUGAAAACUGUAAUUGUGCAGAUUGUGCAGAUUCACUAAUGCGAAAGGCUUUGACCAAGUACACAGAACACACGGAUUGCUCAAAAACAAUACUUCAAAAAUCACCUCGUCGAAUCUCAAAAUGUCAUUAGAUUUACUCAUAGUUGUGGAGCCUGAUAAAAUAAGGUAAAGUUUCUUAAUUAAAGGAGAACUAUGGUAUCACAGUAAGACUUAUCUCAAGAAAACACAAGAAAAUCAUGGCUAUUUUGAUGUUUACUAUGUAUUAAGUUAAUCUAAAUUUUAGUUCGGCUAGAUGACUAAAAUGAGAAGGGAAAAGUCUUACGUUUUUUAUGUCAUCCAAUACAAGAUCAAAAGCCAAAACGUUUAAAAAGAGAAUGAAGAAUAAUAUUACAGAUGUUUAUUUUAAAGAGUUGUCAUCAUCUACAUAACUCUUAAAAACUGGAUAGUAUCGGACGUCCGUUCUCUCCUAAUAUCAAACUCUUCAGAAGUGUUCAUGCACGACUCCACCAAAGAUCGAAAUCAAGACCUUCUGGUGUAUCAAGAAGUAGACAACUUUAACAUUGUCAUUUGAAUAUCGCGUUAUCGUUGAAAGUUCUAAAGGUCUUGAGUCCCAUCUGUAUUGGGAUCAUGAGCUCUUAAUGUUUGGAAGUCUCGUACUGGAAAGAAAUCAGUGUUUAACACCUACUUUGUUAACUGCUUCUCAAAUCAAUCCAAUAGGAAAAUUAUCUUUAACUCAAGACAAUAUAUAAAAACGCAAAUAAACUUAUUAUUUGUCUAAUUAUUAGAGACUAUAUUAAUUACAGUUAAAAUUUAUCAGAACCUCAUUUUACCUUGACCUUAUAGGAUUGUUAAGAAUCUAAUCACUCCGAUCUAUAGUACGGUAUAAACCAAACAGCCAAUAUUAUGUUCAGCCAGUGACGACAAUAAGAUAACCAAGUUUCAGAUAUAAUCGCAUAUGAUUUUAAAAUGUUUUAUAUUUGAUUAGUUUAUCGUACAUAUAUUUAUAACUCAUUCGUUUUUGUGAAUAUUCUAGUUCGAAUAUGAAAAGUAUUUAUCAGAAGAACAUACUUUCUUAAGAUCAUUAGGACUAGUUGAAGAGGAUGAUUAAGAAGAAUAAAAAAUGUGAAAGAAGAACGUUCGUUUGUCUUUUAGAAAUUUGUAACCUUUCGAAACGAUCUCUUUCACAUGAAUGUUAUUAAAUAUAUCGAUUUUAAUUAG